GGAGAAGCGACCUUGCUUCUGUCUUCUGAUCCCCUCCGAAAUCUCCCCGCUUGGCUCCCAUUCAAGAUGGCUGCGAACUUCCAACAUCCCUUCCAAUGCUUUCAAUUCGUGCCGAGGCCGAAUAGCAACCUCCUUAUCGGGUCGGCUGGCUCAAAGCUCUACUCUUACUCCGCCGAAUCUGGAGAGCGGCUUGCGGUUUGGCCACAGGAAGUAGACUCAACCACUGCCAAUCCGGUUGACGCGGAUUCUGUCUCCGAACAAGGACCACCAGGAAAGAAGAGAAAGGUUUCUACAUUAGAAACCCAGACAAAUGACAAGUCCGCCUGGUCCAGCAUUCCCAUCGUGACCACGACCACGACUGGCGAGUACGUUGUUGCGCUUACCGCCGAAGACAAGUGUGUCCGUGUCUUUCAGCUUCAAGAAGAUGGCUCAUUUACUCAAUUGAGCGAGAGAGUCAUGCCCAAGCGACCCUCCGCCAUUACCCUAACUAGCGACGACACCACCAUCCUGUGCGGUGACAAGUUCGGAGAUGUCUACUCACUGCCGCUGAUUCCCAGCGACAAGCUCCCUGUCAUCACCAAAGCCCUCAGAAGCGCAAAACUCAGCCACCCGGCGGCAACGAAUCUGACCGUGCACACCAAGGGCAACCGACGAGCUUUGGAGCAACAAUUGCGUCUCGCCAGCGAAGGCAAAAAGGAUGAGAAGUCCGCCGGCCCAACUUUCGAACACACCCUUCUGCUUGGCCAUGUAUCGCUACUCACGGAUAUGGCCUAUGUAUCGCUUUCGGUGGAUGCCAACAAGAAGCGCAGCUACAUCCUGACCGCCGACCGAGACGAACAUAUCCGUGUCUCUCGUGCCCUCCCUCACGCACACGUCAUUGAGAACUACUGCCUGGGCCACACUGCAUUCAUCAGCCAGCUCUGUGUACCCCAGUGGGCGCCCGAGUAUCUUGUCUCCGGUGGAGGUGACAACUAUCUGCUUGUUUGGAAGUGGGCGGAAGGCCGUAUUCUCCAGAAGGUGUCUCUGGUAGAUGAAUCAUCACAGGCUGCAGAGGUUGCUGUCCAUGGCAUUUGGGCGACAUCACUUGGAGACCUCCGGGUCAUCCUUGUCGCGCUUCACGGAUCCUCACUCCUCCAAUGCUUUACGCUGGAAGCAGAUGGAACCCUGAAAGCACAAAGCCCCAUCCAACUUUCCGGCAAUGUCCUCGCCCUUACACCCAUCGAGAAAGACAAUACCAUCCUUGUCUCCGUCGACCCGAUCCGCCAGCCAGACACAACCCAAGAAUGGAGAGCUAGCCCCUCCUCCCCAUCCACCCUGAUCGAGGGUUUCCACGUCAAGCCAGGCACCGAUAGUCUGGAAUGGGAACCUGCCGCGGCGACCGUGGCCGAGAAGAUCAACUCUGCUGGCACGGACGAAGUCUCGACGACGACCGAAGACAAGCAAAGAAAGGAACUGAACGACUCGCUGUAUGGAUUGGGACAUCUUCGAAAGAGGAAGGGCGAAGAUGAGUAAAAAAGUUUGGUCUUUUUGCAAUAGAUAAUUUUUCCCAUCGGAAGGAAUGUAUAUAUCAAGGAGUUACUCAAUGACCUGUUCUAGCGUCCAUAUGUAAUGGCAGCCCACUU